AUGUUCUCUCAUUUCAAUUUGGUCUCACACUUCAUUACUGAUGCUUUACCAAAGCCUUUAAUCUUCUGCUUUGGCAGCGCUAUUUCGAGUGUUGACUUGUGUCGCUGUUAUGCUGCUCAUUUGUUGAAUCAUGACGACGGCAGCACAGCAUUGCAGUUCUCUUGCAAGGUUGUAGUGGUAGGUUCAUUGGCGGCUUGGGUGCGUAGCUGGAACUUAAAGCAUGCUUAA